AUGAAGACCUCCCUGCUCCAAACCACCCUCCUCACAACCCUCCUCCAAACAACCAAUGCCCUCGUGGGAAUCUCCUGGAAAGUCUCCAACGGCCCAAGCAAUGGCCUAAAAGACAUAAGUUUCCCAAUCGCAAUGCCAAACGCAGCCCACAAAUCCGGCUACUACUACGCGCAACAAUUCAGCUUCGCAGGCCAGAGCGAUGUCGGCUACACAGGCCUCCAGCCCCGCGAAGAUAACGGCUCCAACUCCGUAGUCCACGCCGUCUUCUCGAGUUUCGUUGCAGGCACGACAAGCACAGACGCAAAUUGCUCGGACGGCGCGGACGGCGGUGCGGGCGUUUCCUGCGCCGUCGAGGUCUCUGCGACGUAUGCGCAUGGCUAUGUUCUUCGCGUCGAGAAUACGGCGGGGACGACGUGGACGGGUACGAUGGUUGAUGCUGUUGAUGGGACGGAGACGCAUAUUGGGUCCUACACGCUUCCCUCUCGGGCUCGGGGGACGGAUGUUACUUUUGGAGUGCCGACUUCGUCGGGUGGGACUGGGGAGUUGGGGGAUGCGUAUGAAUAUGGAGAUUGUGUUGGGCAGGUGGACUUUAGUACGAAGAGGGUUGAUGGGGAUGCUGUGAAUGUUGUUGUUGGCUUUUAG